AUGUUGCCUUGGAUGCAUUACGUGAGACCCUUUGGUGCAGCCCAACAAGACAUCCUUAGGCACACUGCUAUGAGGAUUGUGACGGCAAGGUUAGCUCGGUCCAAACCUCCUUUAGGCCAAGAAGUAGUCCAAUUCAUGUUGGACUCGGAUACGCACAUGUGGAGGAUGAGACGAAGCAAGGCCAAUUGGUUUAGGGUUGUGGGUUGCUUGUCAAAAGCAACUACAAUUUCCCGUUGGCUCAAUGGAAUUCAAACAUGGGUGCACCCUCCAACUACAAUCUUGGUCCAUAUCUUGUUGGUAGCCAUUGUAUUGUGCCCGCACCUAGUGUUAUCGACAAUUUUCAUGUAUGCGUUCCUCAUCAUAGCAUUGAGAUUUCGGUAUCGUCAACGUGUUCGGAUCACAGUGGAUCCCAGGAUGUCCCAUGUUGAAGUUGUGAGUCCGGACGAGCUUGAUGAAGAAUUCGAUGGAUUUCCAACUACACGAGCAAUUGACCAAGUGCGCAUCCGCUAUGAUCGAUUACGUGCUCUAGCAGGACGUGCCCAAACACUCUUGGGUGAUGUUGCAGCACAAGGUGAACGGUUGGAGGCACUUUUCAAUUGGAGAGAUCCUAGAGCUACAAGCAUAUUCGUUGUGUUUUGCCUAUUUGCUUCCUUAUUGUUCUAUGUCAUACCCUUCAAAGUAUUUGUUUUAGGGUUAGGGUUAUACUACCUCCGCCACCCAAGAUUCCGCGGUGACAUGCCCUCCAUCCCCAUGAACUUUUUCCGAAGGCUGCCACCGUUGUCCGAUCAAAUUCUUUAA